AUGAAGAAAUGCACAUAUGAUUUCUUGCCGGGCACUGAAUUCGCCCUGUGGUUCUUGAUUGGUGACUUGGAGUACAAUCAUUUGAAUAGCGAGAGUGAAUGGGAUAUACAGUUACGCAUUGAUGAUAGAAUACCAAAAGACGUAUACAUCGGCAAGUGUUCUUUAUCAAGUAUGAAAAUUGUAGUUCUGUUGGCUGUCGUGGUGGCAGCAGAGCAGAAGCGCGAGGCGGAUCCCCAUUAUGGCUACGGUAGUCCUUACCAUCUCCAUCAUGUGGGAAUAGCUCAUCACCCGGGCCACGCGACCUCAUAUGUGCACUCUCAUAUUGGCAAGAGGGAGGCUGAAGCCGAUCCUCACGGUGGAUACGGCACCCGUUACCUCUACCACGGACUUCAUUAUCCUGUUGGAAUCGCCUAUCAUCCUGGCCACGCGACCUCGUACGUGCACUCCCACGUCGGCAAGAGGGAAGCUGAGGCCGAGCCAAAUCCUCACGUCAGAUACGCCCUUCCCUACGGCUACCUAGGUUAUGGUGGAUAUGGUUAUCCCAUUUCCUACGGUUACCAUGGAUACUAUCCUUAUCGUCAUGGCCUUCUUGGUUGAACGAAGACAAAGAAAAUUAGUGAUUUGAAUACGACCUAUUGAAGUUUAGAAAAAAACUCUACAUCUUUCUUGAUACUGCAUUACCUUCUCUAUGAAUUAUAUUGUCCAUGAAAGUCAAUGAACAUGUAUUUUCUAUUAUGCUAAUAAAAUGAUGCCAGAAUUA